AUGGCAGCCACCAAGGUGACAACAGCGGCGACAGAGCUGGCGGCAGCGCGCGAGCACGGGCUGGCCGUGACCCGAGACUUCCACAGCAACCCGCGGCUGACCCCCGCUGUCACCAAGCGCGUCCUUCGCGACCUUCGCUGCCGGGGCCGGCCACUGUGGGGAGCUCAAAAAAUCAAACAGGCCAUCAUCCACCCCGACACAAACGAGACCAUCUUCAUGCCUUUCCGAAUGUCAGGUACGGCACAUCCCCCCCUUUCACCUGGAAUUUCUAUAAAAUCCUGGGGAGGGUGCUUCAAUAAUGAAUCUCCUCUCUUGCAGGUUGUUGGUCUUCUCCUGCCCAACCAGACCCUGGCCUCCACUGUGUUUUGGCAGUGGUUGAACCAGAGCCACAACGCGUGUGUGAACUAUGCAAACCGCAACGCGAGCAAGCCUUCUCCGACAUCCAAGUUCAUCCAGGGCUACUUGGGAGCUGUCAUAAGUGCUGUCUCAAUAGCAGUGGGCCUUAAUGUUCUGAUCCAGAGAGCAAACAAGUUUACCCCGGCCACUCGGCUCCUGAUCCAGAGGUUCGUGCCAUUCCCUGCUGUCGCCAGUGCCAACAUCUGCAACGUGGUCCUGAUGAGGCACACGGAGCUGGAGGAAGGGAUUGAUGUGCUGGACGACAAUGGGAACAUCGUGGGCUCCUCCAGAGUUGCUGCCAAACAUGCUCUGCUGGAAACGGCCCUGACCAGAGUGGUCCUGCCCAUGCCUAUACUGGUUCUACCUCCCAUCAUCAUGUCCGUGCUGGAGAAAACUUCGCUCCUGAGGUCCCGUCCCCGGAUGAUUCUCCCGGUCCAAAGCCUCGUGUGCCUCGCUGCCUUUGGCCUGGCCCUGCCCCUGGCCAUCAGCCUCUUCCCGCAGAUGUCCGAGAUCGAGACGUCUCGGCUGGAGCCCGAGAUCGCCAUGGCCACCAGCAGUAAGACUGUGGUCUACAACAAAGGCUUGUGAGCGGAACAGGAGCAUCCCAGCCCAGAAGGUCUGGGGAGGGAAGAGGGGAAACUCCAGACCCCGCCUGGGAGAAAGCAAGCGACAACACCAGGAUGAGAUAACAGAGCUCAGCGAGAGGAGCUGCUCCCGGCAGCCCGGGAGUGAAUUAACACCCGCAGAGAACUGACACCUCACACCACUCACUAAGAUGCAUAUUCAAAGUUCUAACCUAGCAACAGGAGCAGCAACUACAACAAAUAAAAUCACGUUGAAACACUUUA